AUGAAGAAGUCCCCACUCCUGAUCUUGCAAUUGCGUUACAAAUGGCAUGAUUGCAACCUGUGCACAGUUAUUCAAGGUUAUGCUUCCUUUGAAUAUGGUUAUGAAUAUUUAGGCUGCUCUCCACGAUUGGUUAUCACGCCUCUUACUGAUCAAUGUUGGUUAACCAUUACUGGAGCACUACAAUUAAAUCUAGGCUGCUGUCUUGCUGGGCCAGCUGGUACAGGAAAAACAGAGACAGUUAAAGAUCUGUCAAAAGCUUUGGGAAAAUUCUGUCUUACAUACAAUUGUUCUGGAGAUUUGGAUGAUAAGGUAAUGGGAAAAUUGUUCUUAGGGCUUGUUCAAUCUGGAUCAUGGUGUUGUUUUGAUGAAUUCAAUCGGAUUGAUAUAGAAGUCCUCUCUGCAAUUGCUUCACAUCUUCAGGCAAUUAAGGCAGCUAAAGAUAGCCUCAGUGUCAGAUUUGUACUGGAAGGAAAAGAAAUUCGUCUGAAACCACACUGUGCAAUUUUUAUUACCCUGAAUCCUGGAUACAAAGGUCGUGUGGAACUUCCAGACAACUUAAAAUCAUUAUUUCGUCCUAUGUCAAUGAUAAUACCAGAUUAUGAACUCAUUGCUGAAAUAAUGUUGUUUUCAGAAGGUUUCAGAUCAGCAAAAUUACUCUCAGGGAAGAUAAUAAAUCUUUACCAACUUUCUAGCAAAAGACUAUCACAACAGGAAAUGCACCUUUCAGUGAAUAUGCUCCUGAAUCCAGUAUAG